AUGGCUGUCCUUUUGAGAGGACUCAGAUGGGAUGACGCCGAAGCUCCCGAGGUGGCAGCAGCGUUGCAGGAGAUACGAUACGAGUAUCACGUCUUAUAUUCCUGUAGCUUCCAAGUGCCUGUGCUGUACUUCAGGGCGAGCUUUUUAGACGGGCGGCCUUUGACCCUGGAGGACAUUUGGGAAGGAGUCCACGAGUGCUACAGGACGCGGCUGCUGCAGGGGCCAUGGGACACCAUCACCCAGCAGGAGCAUUCAAUACUUGGCCAACCCUUUUUUGUACUUCAUCCUUGCAGGACAAAUGAAUUCAUGACUCUGGUGUUAAAGAAUCCUCAGAAAAUCAAUAGGAACAUCAACUACAUCACCUCGUGGCUGAGCAUCGUGGGGCCGGUGGUGGGGCUGAACCUACCUCUGAGUUACGCCCAGGCCGCCUCUCAGGACAUGUGAC